UAUCUAUGAGGGACCAUCUUGAUCAUCUUCCUGUGGUGGCAUAGUCCUCAAGUUUGUGCAUAACCACCCUGCUUCGUGACGGAUUACAAGACGAGCCGCAACUCUUUGUCAUCAUGGAUUUUCAAUCGUUAUUGCCACAGCUUACUUUGGAGGAGAAAGUUUCUCUCCUGUCGGGCCAGAACUUCACAUCUACCGGUGGCAUCAAGCGUCUGGGCAUCCCACAGAUCAAGGUUGCCGACGGCAUCAAUGGUGUGCGCCCAUCUCAACAUGAGAGCGAGAUGUCGACUGCAUGUUUCCCGAACACGACGUGUCUUGCGUCAACAUGGGAUGCUGAGCUUCUCGAGGAGCUAGGGGAGAGGCUCGCGAAGCAAGCCCGAAUGAAGAGUGCUCAAGUUGUGCUGGGCCCAACGAUCAAUAUCCAUCGCGAUCCUCGUGGAGGCCGUAACUUUGAAUGCUUCAGCGAAGAUCCGCUACUUUCUGGGCAGCUGGCAGGAGCCAUCAGCAAUGGUUUGCAGAAGAACGGAGUGGGAUCCUGCCCCAAACACUUUGUAUGCAAUGAUUCCGAGCUUUGGAGGCACUACUACGACGUUCAGGAAUCGGUGAAUGGCCGGGUGUUACGCGAGAUAUAUCUCGCAGCAUGGCAGCAUCUUUUACGGGUGGCUGAUCCGGUCGGUAUCAUGAUGGCUUACAAUAAAGUCGAGGGCAAGUUCUGUAGUGAUAGUCACCCUCUCAUGCAGGAGAUACUACGCGAACAGUGGGGAUACAAGGGCAUCACCAUGUCAGACUGGUUUGGUACUCAUGCUACUGAGGGCCCAAUAAAAGCAGGGCUCGAUCUUGAAAUGCCCUUUCCGGUGAAUCGAGCCAGAAAGCUUGUGGCCGCGGUCAAAUCAGGAGAUAUCUCAGAGUCAGAAAUCGAUGUUCGCGUGGCGAAAAUGCUUGAGCUUCGCGAUCGAACACGAGAUUGUCACCAAGAUGAGCCUGAAAGGUCAGACGUGGACGAAGCUACGAGUCAGACAGCCCGUAAUCUGGCAGCUGGUGGUAUCAUCUUGCUCAAGAACGCAAACGAGGCCCUACCGCUCAAUGUUUCUCGAUCGUCUAAAGUUGCGGUGAUCGGAGAAUAUGCGAAGGAUCCAGUUGUGACGGGUGGUGGCAGUGCAUCCUGCGUCCCACAGUAUAAGGUAUCUCAUUUGGAUGCGCUGCGAGAAGCCGCUCCGGAAAAUAUCAUAUUCGAGUACACAACCGGUGUGCGUAGCAGAAGAGUUAUUCCUCUCGCUCCCACUGAGAUCCUCAAAACUCUCGACGGGCACGAUGGGAUCGAAGUCAAUUACUUCAACGAGCAAUCUGGGGAGCCAAUUCUCACCGAGCAUAGAGGAAAGCCUCAGGUGUGGAUGCUGGGGGAGUUCCCUAAAGGCCUUGACGUUCCUGGCUCGCGGAUAGAGCUCACUACAAAACUGACUCCUACCACCUCCGGGAAACACACCUUGGCGGUGCGUACGACCGGCGACUUUGCUUUGACCGUCAAUGGUACAGAAGUACUCUCGGGCAAGAAGAAAGAAGUAUCGACGGAGCAGUUUAUCUUCAAUCACAUCUUGCUAGAAUCCCGCCACGACAUUACGAUGGAGGCCGACCAGGCUUACGAUUUGAGGUUGGUGAUGAAAUCUCCUGAGAAGCUUACCGCCGGCGAACCUACCCCAUAUGCUGCAUCUAUCUGCUUCGAGGAAUUUCGCUCCGAGGAUCGAGAUAUUGAGAAUGCCGUGGAGCUUGCCAGGAUAUCUGACACCAGCAUCAUUUUCGCUGGACGGAAUGGGCAAUAUGAGUCUGAGGGCUAUGAUCUAGAAGAGAUCCGGAUGCCCAUAAACCAAACCAAACUAAUCAGAGCGGUAGCGGCAGCAUCGAAACGUACUAUUCUGGUACUGCACUGCGGCAACCCCAUCGACAUAAGCGAGCUCGUGGAUGACGUGGACGCUGUGCUGAAUGCGCACUUCCCUGGCCAGGAAGGCUCACGAGCGUUGGCGGAUAUUUUGACGGGCAAGGUGAGCCCUAGUGGCCGGUUGGCGACAACGUGGUUCAAGACCUUAGAAGACACACCGUCAUUCGGACACUUCCCAGCGAAGAAGUUGAGCGAUGGCACUGUUGUCAUGAAAUAUGCAGAAGGAUUGCAGAUGGGUUAUCGCCACCCGGAGCUCGAAAGGGUCAGGUGGCCCUUUGGUCAUGGCCUUUCAUACACAACUUUCAAUUACAGCGACCUGAGCUCAAAAACGGAAGCUGGCAGCUCAAAUCAAACCCUAGUAUGUUCGGUUACGGUGACCAACGCAGGCGGUGUGGCAGGGCACGAAGUGGUUCAGCUCUACGUUACCCCCUCCGACAGUACCAUUGUCUGGCGUCCGGCUAAAGAACUCAAGGCAUUCAAGAAAAUCUUCCUUCAGCCUGGUGAAUCUAAAACAAUAUCUCUGGGCUCUGAUCUCGAAGUAGCGUGUAGUUAUUGGGAUGAGCAAGAAGUGGCCUGGAGAAUGGAUGCAGGCACAUACGGGGUUCUGGUAGGCCAGCUGAGUGCGAAUUUUGCAGUAACGAGAGCAUCCUGUUGGAAUCACUUGUAAAUGUCAGGAAGUCGAAGUUCGGGAUGACAUCUGAUCCAUGAGUAAUUACUGUCUAGCGAAUAUUGACAUUGAUAACCGUCAUUUCAUGUGUUA